AUGCCGCGACUUCGGGCCGCACUGCCUGCUACCGACGAUGGCGACGGCGAGAGUCGACACGUCCCAACGUCACUCCCAAACACGCCGUCUCUGGGAAACCCAGAUCUUUCACUUGGGUUGCGUCCUUCAUUUUCGGGAGAGUGGAAUGUUGAUCGGAGAGCUCGGACGAGCUCACCGCUCGUUGAUGCCUCCGGCAUCUUCCAGGAUGAUCACCUUCAAAACUUAGAACAGGCAAAGCUACGAGGCAGCUUCCACGAAGAUGCUAGCCAUCCGAAAGGUGGACGCGGUGUUCUGCCUCUUGUCGAUCCGGCUGCCACAGCUGCAGCGAUUCAAGUAUCCGAGGCUGAAUUGGCAACGGCUCAGCUAGCUGGUCCGGUUCACCCGGACGUGGUGCCGUUGUUCACACCCGUCGGUGCCAUCGGCGCGCAUGGAACACCUCACUCGCAUCUUGGCCGUCUGCCGGACGGCCGACUAGUGCAGCUCUAUCCACCUGUGGAGCGAGCUUCACAAGCAUGUGAGCUGUGUCGACGGGUGAGUCCCACAGCGAACUUUUGUAACUCGAGCUACUCUCGUCGCUUACCACGUCUGCCUGCUUCUCGAUUUGGCGUUCAGCGCAAGGCCAAGUGCUCUGGUGGCAUGCAAUGCGAUCGAUGCAAGAAGGCAAACAAAGAAUGCGUUGUGAGUCGCCAUCGAUCAUGAUGUCCAGCUCGAGUUAUUGACGAUGUGCGAUCGUGCGGCCAUGUCGUCAGUAUGCCCAAGUGAGCCCAACAAAGCGCUACAAGGAAGAUCGCACCACGGAUACUUUUACAAGAAAUUCCGGUCAAGGACUACUCGCCGCUCGCGCGCGCGGUCGACGUCGUGGCUAUGGAAGCUCCCGAGGCCUGCGAGGGUCAAAGCUUCGUCCAGACGGAAGCACGGCUAGCGCCAGUGUCGAAUACAACACUGACGGCUCAUCCACAAUCCCAUCUAUGAGUAGCCACAGUCACAGAAGCGCCAUGCCCGCGCACCUUCAUGCUACCAGCAACCCUAGCAUGUCGAGUCUGAUCGAUGCUGAGCUUGCGGAAGACGCGAACAAGAGCGCUUGGAAUCGCGGCGCAGGAGCUAUGCUGCACCACGCAGCGAACUCUCAAGGAUCACCGCAGACUGCUUCGAUGUCACCGAAUGCUUCCGCGAGCUCGGUCAGUCUGCCGCUCAGCGCCUCGCCACAGACAGGCUCGCCGUGGAUGGGCUAUCCGCAACAUUCGUAUGGCGGCCACAAUUAUCAGAUGCCGUACCCAUCGCACAAUCUUCAUGGACAAAAUGCGCUGGGUGUCCAAAUGUAUGCAGCUCACCCGGAAGAAGCAGCGAACAGCGCCAUCUCCUCGAGCUCUUCGUCGGUCGCGCCCCCGCCAUCGUAUGACGAGUACCAUCGCAAAAUGCAUGCCGGCUCAGGCGCCGUCGCGAUGGAGAUGGGUCAGCAUCAUAAUCCGUGGCUGCACACCCAGCAUGCGCAUUACACCGCGCCACAGCCCUACGAAUACGCUGCUCACCAUCAAGCAGCCAUGGGCUCGGCACCGUUCGUGGACCAUCAGUCAUCGACCGACAGCUCACGCUGGAAGCGCGACUUCAUCUCUGCGCAGGACUUUUCGUAG